AUGGCCAACGACGUCAGCCGCCUCCGCGCGCUGCUGACGCAGAGUCUGCGCGCGCCUGAACCGCAGCGCUCAGCGGCCGAAAAAGAAUUGCAGCAGCUACAACGCUGCGCCAUCACCGCUCCCUUUCUCGCUGCAUUGCUGGAGAUGUGCGUGGCCCUGCCAGACGCCGACAAUACGCCGCGCAAUCUCCAGCAGUUGGCUACCGAAGAUCCAGACGUGCGUCUUUUUGCUGUUUUGUGGCUCAAACACUAUCUAAAAGCGCAGUGGAAGACGCGUAAAGCCACGAGCUCGACGACGAACUUGCUUUCGGACCAAGAGCGCGACCACGUGCGGCACGUGUUGCUGUUUGCGGCGCUGUACGAGCCCCAGCCGACGAUUGCGCUGCAUCUGUCGCUCCUGGUUGCUGCGCUCGUUCGUACCGAGUACCCGAGUCACUGGACGUUCAAGAGGCUGUUUCCAGUCAUGCUGCUGCCUCUGAGACGGCAGAAUGGACCAAUGAACGUCUCGAGAGAGAGUCGAGGACUUGCCGUGUGUUACUGCGUCGUGAAGGAGCUGGCGACGCGGAGGCUCGUGCAGCAUCGCAAACACUUUGCACAUCUCAGUGUCGAGCUCUUGCCGCUGCUGUUGCAGUAUUGGAUGGCUACGGCAACGCAGCUGAAUGAAAGUCUGGUGCGGAGUCAACACGAGGCGGCGAGCUUGAUGGGUAGGCAAAAAGCAGCCACAAUUAUGGCAGUGCUGACGGCGGGAGCGGAGCAGCUGAGUGCGCUGGUAACGACUACGAAGCUUGUGUCGACGAUGCUGCUGAAUGCGUUUCGGGACCUGAUCGUGCUGCAACAUGGAGAGCUUAUGCGGUCAGCGCUUGUCGAGUUCCACAAUCAGCUUGAGAGAUUGGUGACGUUUCGAGAAGCAUGUGGUGCUCUUGAAUGUGAGGCAGGUGGUGCUGAGAUGGGAUCGGAAGCUGGUGGAAUGAUGCUGACGAUCGACAAGUGCAUGUACCGCAUUGCGGCUACCAUCGUGGGCGUGCAGAACUCGUAUCCGAUCGAGUUUCGCGAAUAUUUGUCUCCAUUCCUCGGACUCUUUUGGAAAAUCGUAACUGCGUUUGCUUCUGUACCUACAAUAGCGGUUCGGUCGCCUCGAAAGCUGCAGAUUGUCGCACUCCAGUUCUUUGCCAACGUACUGAGCUGCCGACUGUAUAAGAAGGAAACUUUGACUGGAUCUGAGUGUACGACGCGAAUAGUGAAGGUCAUUACAUCCAGUGGGGAUGUGAUGAUGACGGACUUCAUGGUUAUGGAAGCGCAAGCAGCCGUGCGCGCUUUUUUUACUCAGAAUGAGGACCGUUUUGCAUCAAUGAUGAACCUCGUAGUGAUGCGUUACAUGACGCUGACCACGAAGGACUUGGAUGAGUGGCAAAGCGACCCAGAAGCGUAUUGUACUUUCAUCGAAAGCUUGACGGCAAAGGAGUCGGUGCGGGCAUGUGCUGAAAAUGUAUUCUUGACGCUGGUGCAGAAUUUUUCAGAUCAGGCAGUUCCGUGUUUGACUCAGAUGACCUCGAGUGCCUCGGCAUACCUGGUGAAACUCGGUCAAGGUGAGAUUUCUACUGUUCGAGACGAUCAACGCAUUCUUGACAUGGACGCCGUGCUUCUCGCCAUUGGUUUAGGUUGCUACGACCUACAUGACUGCUUUGAGUUUGAACCGUGGUUCAUAACCAACCUUGUACCGAUUCUCGUAAACCCUGAUGGUGCCGUCGGAUCGUACCAAGGGCAACCCGUUUUGCGCUUCCGCAUUGUAUGGCUCGUCAGUUGUUGGUUAGCGCAGCUUUCCGCAAAUGUGCGACCGCCGCUUUACGAUGCGUUGCUUAACACGCCGGCAUUCUUUCAGCAGACGGAUGCCGACCUUGCUCUUCAGCUGCGUAUCGUUCAGACCCUGGAGUCGAUGAUGGGCGACUGGGGCUUCGAACACGAUGCAUUUUCUCCAUUCUUGCCUCAGGCGUUAAAGUGCCUAUUUGCUAUAUUUUCGCAGGCUGAUGAGCCUGAAAGCAAGAUAAAAGUGCUGAGUUGUCUGGAGGCGAUAGUUCAAGCGUGUGGUGAGAACAUUGUCAGCUUUUGCCACCAGAUCAGUGCUCCCCUACCUGCACUUUGGGCUAACGAAAGUGACGCUAGUAACUUGGUCCGCCAAAAAAUCCUCCAACUGAUGACGAAGCUCCUUAUAAUUGUAAAGGAAGCGCAUAGGAAUCCUUUAGGCAAACGCGUGGAGUACGAUAGCAUGGAGACACUCUUGAACAUGUGCGUGCAGGUCAUUUGGUUUGCGACAGACGUAUCAAACCCUGAUGAGGUAUUUCUGAUGGAGAGUGGGCUCGAACUCUGGACUGAAGCCCUUGAAGUAUCGACGGUAUACAUCGAGCAGCUACAUCUGCUUUUCGGCAAUGCGUUGCGGUUAAUGGAGCGCGAUUAUGAGCAUGUGGUGUUGGUGUUGACUUUAGUGGAGCAAUACUUGCGACUGGGCAAGACGCAAUUUUGGCAGACUUACCAUCAGAGUGUUUGCGGUCUCUUACAAAGUUUGAUCGGUAACGUGAAAACGGAAGCUUCCUUGCAGAUCGCCCAAGUGACUGAGAUCGUAGUCGCAACUCUUCCGGCUGAUCAAGUGGAAGGGAUCGUGCCUGCGAUGAAACUAAUGGUGGGAGCGUGUAUCGCUUUUCAGCAAGGGGAGCCGAAGCACGAGCCGGAGAACGUGCUUGCCGGGUACUUAAGCGCCGUAGCUAGACUAAUGGUGACUGACUCCAACUUUAUGUUGAAGACUGUACUCGUGGACGAUCACGAAGUAGUGGUGCUCGUGGAUACAAUGCUCAGAUUGUUUUACACUGUGGGGACGUCGCCGUUGACGCUAUUGAGGCGCAAGGUGUGGGCACUUGCAUUGUGCUCUACCGUCAUGUUGACAGGGCAGUCGCUAUUAGAAAAGACUGGUCAGGUCGUGGAGGUUUGCAUUGAGGUAAUCGAAGAGGAACAAGAAGAACUAAAGCAAAAACAGGCAGCUGCUACUGCAGAUGGAGAUAAAGAAGGUCCGCGGUCAGGAGUUUACCGUGUUUUCUUAGCUCACCACAAGAGCCAUCACCAGCAAUUGAGUGCAGAGGAUAUCCCCGUAUCAGCUUUGGACUUGAAGGAUUUUGUUUGCCAACGAUUGAACGACCUUGCAAUCAAACUGGGCAGCAGCGCGUUUCACGAUUUACUGCAAACUGUAGACUCGUCGGUGCUUCGCAAAUUCCAGUCAUAG